AUGAAGAAGGUUAUUGGUCAAACUGUUAGGGACCUUAAAAGAGAAGUGAACAAGAAAGUGCUCAAAGUUCCUGGCAUUGAACAGAAGGUUCUUGAUGCUACCAGCAAUGAACCAUGGGGUCCUCAUGGAACACUUCUUGCAGACAUAGCUCAGGCAACCAGAAAUCCUCAUGAAUACCAGAUGAUCAUGUCAGUAAUCUGGAAAAGAAUUAACGACACUGGCAAGAAUUGGCGGCACGUCUACAAGGCAUUGACAGUACUGGAGUAUUUGGUGGCUCAUGGUUCUGAGAGAGUCAUAGAUGACAUCAGAGAACAUGCUUAUCAAAUAUCGACUUUGUCCGAUUUUCAAUAUAUUGACUCAAGUGGAAGAGAUCAAGGAAACAAUGUCAGAAAAAAAUCUCAGAGUCUCGUUAUCCUUGUGAAUGAUAAAGAAAGAAUCGUAGAGGUUAGGCAAAAGGCUUCUGUUAAUAGGGAAAAGUUUCGUAACAAUACACCAGGUGGAAUGUAUAGACCUGGUUCACACUCAAGCAGCGGAAACUAUGGUGAUCGGUAUGAAGAUGAUCGUUAUGCGAGCAGGGAGGAAGAUAGAAAUGGCUAUGGUUAUGGAAGAGAAAGAGAAAUGGGCUCUAGAGAUGAUGAUCGGUACAGUCGCGAUGGAGAUCGAUAUGGUAGAGAUUAUGAGGAGCGUAAUAGCAGGGACGGUUAUAGAGAUGAUGACAGGGGAAGAAGUCGAAGUGUUGACUACCAAUAUGAUACAAGAAGUAGGAGUUCUGAUCGAGAGCGUGAUUUCGAUGAGGAUGGCCAACACUCAUCUCGAGGCAGCAAUGCUAAAGUUGAAGACCAAUCACUGGAAGCAAGACUUCAGCGGAAGCUUUCUGAGCAAAAUGUGGGUGCUCCUCCUACAUAUGAAGAGGCUGUUGGUGAAGCUCAGAGCCCUGUGCAGGGUGAAAGGGUUGCUGAACCUUCGGCAGAAUCUGCUCCAAAAGGCUCGUCCCCUCAUGCAAGUGAUAAUCCUAGCCUAACCUAUGCUCCCACUGGAUCUUCUCCUGUAAGCAAUAAUCCAACUGAAGUAACUGCUGCUACCAGUACCACUGCUUCUGGAACCCAGGAAACUGAGCCCACUGAUGAUUUCUUUGACCCGCGUGGCCCUACAUCAGCCGCCCCAACCACCUCUAAUUAUGGCGAAAUAGACUUGCUUGGUUCUCUAUCAGACUCGUUCUCUUCAAAUGCAUUGCCUCCUGUGCCAGAUACACCAGCAACUGCAACCCCUGAAGCAAACAAUGGUACAACAGCUUCCUUUGCAGCACCAUCAUUUGGGUCCAAUAAUUUCAAUCAGUCUUUUGAAGACCCAUUUGGUGAUUCGCCAUUCAAGGCCGAUACUUCUGCUGAAACUGCUCCAUCUCAACACUAUGCAAAUCAGAGUAUUGAACCAUCCCAAUCAGAUGGUUUUAAUGCCGACACCAUGUCUAACUUUGGAUUUGGGGACUCAUUUUCUAUAGUACCAUACUCUGCAUCUGCUACCAGUGACGCCCAACCUUUCUCCGCUAACUCCAACUUUUUGUCCCAAGAGUCAUCAUCGCAACAACUGGAAACUGAUAUUCUUGCUGACAUUCUUCCUCCUGCACCAUUACCUGAGAUGACAUCACAACAAAACAGUUCAUCUCCUUUUGGCCAACCUUCACCUUCCUUUUCAACUUCAUCUGGACCAUUUUCUGAACCAGCUGGUCAACUUACUCUGCCAGGUUUCUCAGCUGCAACCAGUCAACCUGCACAAACCCUUCCCAGCAGUCAAUUUAACCAGCAACCCUUUUCAACUCCCAAUUCAUCAUUUCCAGCUAACACCAGUCCAUAUGCACAAACACAGCCACCCUUUCCUUCUCAUCCUAGUCAACCUGGCUUGCAAGGAUUUUCGUCAUCUACCGGCCAUUCUAUGCAGGCACCUUAUGCUUCUCAAGGUGGUCAAUCUGUACAAUCAAGCGGUCAUACCUAUGGUGGGUUGUACUCUCUGGAUACAUCUCUUGCUCCAGGAGCUCCAAACAUGUAUUCUCAAUCACAAAAUGGAUAUAAUGGGUCUAUGAACAGUGGGAACUACUUGCCACAGGGAUCCUCUACAGGUUUUCCUUCACACAUGACUCCCCAAGCUCCAACACCACAACCUGCACAACAACCGGCACAAAUCACAAACUUUCCCCAUCAUGGCGGAUCUACCGGUUCUCCUUCUAACAGCCAGGGCUUCUUUGGGCAACAAGGGAAUGCAGCUCCCUUAAGUUCAUCACAUACCCAUCAAGCACCUGCUCCCAAUGCUUCACCAUAUGCUGUUUCAAUGACAUCAAAUUCUUUAGUUUCUCAACCUUCCAAGGAUAAGUUUGAGACAAAAUCAACAGUUUGGGCAGAUACCCUAAGCAGGGGGCUGGUUAAUUUAAAUAUAUCUGGACCUAAAACUAAUCCGUUAUCAGAUAUUGGGAUUGACUUUGAGUCCAUUAAUAGGAAGGAAAAGAGAAUGGAAAAACCCACCAACGCACCUGUAACAUCAACUGUAAAUAUGGGUAAAGCCAUGGGAUCAGGUUCAGGCAUAGGUCGUGCUGGUGCUGGCGCUCUUAGACCUAAUCCAAACUCCAUGAUGGGUCCUGGUAUGGGCAUGGGUAUGGGUAUGGGUAUGGGCAACGCUCCUGGAGGUAUGGGUAUGGGCAACGCUCCAGGAGGUAUGGGUAUGGGCAAUGCUCCGGGUGGUAUGGGUAUGGGAGGUUAUGGAGGAGGCAUGAAUCCAUCCAUGGGAAUGGGUAUGGGCAUGGGCAUGGGUGGUACGGGGGGAAUGGGUAUGGGACAACAAGGCUACCCGAUGCAACCCCCUAGUGGAAUGCCUCCCGGUUCCAACAUGCCAGGUAACUAUAAUAACAUGAUGGGUCCGGGUGGUUAUGGUCAACAGCCUUAUGGUGGAUACAGAUGA